UGCUGGCAGAAUAAUCAGCCUGUCUCAAGUACAGCAUCAAAUCAUCAACAGGUGAAGACUUUGAAGAUGACUGUCGUCUCUGCAGCACCCGACAGUAAGAGCAUAUUUCCAUCAAUGUGCCAAAUCCUGAGGGCUCUUUGCAGCUACUUGGUGUACCAGGGGCAGAUACAGGCUAGUGUCACAACAGCAUUUGGGACUUUGCAGAUCAUGGUCGGCCUGCUCAACAUCGGACUCGGGCUGGGACGAACAAGCACAAAUCCGGGGGAUCUGACCAGUUUGGGAGCUGCUUAUUGGCUGGGCUCUGUGUUCAUCGUAACUGGAAUCAUGUCCAUUUUGGCCGGACAGUUCCCGUCUUCCUGCUUGAUGGGCUUCACAGUGUUUAUGAACAUCGCUGAAGCUAUCUUUGCCAUUACGGGCAUCGUGCUGUAUGCCAUGGACCUGGGAAAUGCGUCUCUCCUCUGGAUGUGUGAGCGCAGCAGGAACAAUGCUGACCGUUACGGUGACAGCUGCAUAAAUGUGGCGCUCUUUGCCCAGAGUUUGUUGACUUCUAUGGACAUCACGCUGAUCGCUGUGGCUGUUCUCCAGCUCUCUGUCAGUAUCAGGUAUACCAUCCUGGGCAUCAAGUUCUUGACCAGUGAGAUGAAGAAGACGGAGGAUGAUGUUGACGAUCAGCAGCCACAGAUGAAGGACGUUCUCCUGACCAGCCCUGGUGCUUGAAAUAAAGUCAACUCAACACAUGGAAGCAUGACUCAUUAUAAUAUUUAUGCUUCUACACACACUUACUUAAAGUGAUCAAAACUGCUUCAUGUCACAUGGAACCAUUUUUUUGUAGUCUAUGUUUGUUUGUUUUUUCCUAUUUUAGUAAACUGUAACAUGGUGAAACUG